ACUAUUUUCUAUAAAAAAGAAGAAGCAAUAUAACCUAUAAUAUUACAUGUGUAUUAUAAGAAAAUAAAUUGUUAAUAUCAAUCACUAACCUAAAUAAUUUCAUUGUUAAAAGAAAUUUAAUUUUGACUUAGGCUUCAAUCGAAUCAAUUCAGUUAGAAUUAGUUAGGAUAGACAAUAAAGAAAUACUAAUUCAUUGAAUAUAAUAACUAAGAUGGUUAAAGUAAAGAAAGCUGAGGCCCAAUCUAAAAGUAUUUCAAAGUUUGGAAAAAAGUCGAAAAGUAUUGUUCAUUCAAAUAAAUCUUCAAAGAUACUUACAAAGGCAAUUACUAGUGUUUUACCUACUGUUUCAAAAUUGAAAAACAAGAAAACCUUGGAUAAUUUUAAUGUAACAGUUGCUGAUGAACUUUCAUCAUUCAAGCAAAAGUCUAAGGUGAAGAAAUCACAGCCAAAAACCAAAUUAAAAAAAAUAGAUUGUGACCCAAUUGCUGAAACUUUCAAAGAAAAAUAUAACAUAAACAUUGAGGAUAUUAAAAGUGCUGUACAAAGUGUGAUUCAGUUACAUUUGAAUAACCCUAAACUUAAAAAACAACUAUUUGGCACUGAACGUUUUUCUAUAGAUUUAAGUAUAAAUUGUCUCAGAAUUCCUAGCGGGCACCCAACUAUAUUAAGGAUACCUUUAAAAAAUACUUUAAUCACACCAGAAGACGAAAUAUGUCUCAUUGUAUCAGAAGUGAAAGGUAUUGGUAAUAAAGAGCAUGAAAAACACAUUGAACAUUAUGAAGAAUUGCUCUCAAGAAAAGGUGUUACAAAUAUUAAUAAAAUCAUGACAGUACAUGAGCUCAGAACAGAAUACGAAACAUUCGAACAGAAAUCAAGAUUAGUAGACUUGUACGACGCAUUUUUAGUCUGUGGAAAAGUCAGUGGUAGAGUCGUGGGAAUGUGUGGAAAAAAGUUCUACAAAAAAAGAAAAGUACCUACUGCAGUUAAAUUACAAUGUAACUACUUAAAAGAACACAUAGAUAAACAGCUAUCAAAGUCGUUCUGCCAUUUGCAUUUGAAAGGAGAUUGCUAUAAUGUUCGAGUUGGGCAUAGUAAAAUGGAAGUGCAACAGAUUGUUGAAAAUGUUAUCUCGGUUGUAGAAUAUUUAGAUGAAAAAUUUCCAGGAGGUUUUGAAAAUAUAAAAGGUUUACACAUUUCAGCCGAGAGAUCUACUUCUAUUCCCAUCUACAUGUCCAUAAAACAUCCUAAACAUAUACCUAAAGUGAAAGUUAAGAAGUCCAAUCAGAAGUUUGUUCCAAAAGUAGUCGAAGGAGAACUAUCUACACAGCUCAACGCGAAAGUUCUUGUGAUGCCUUCUGGUAGGGUUAUUGUUAAAAAGAAAAAACAUAGAGUUAAUGCUGAUAAAUAAAUUUGAUUAUUUUUAUUUAAUUAUUUUACAUUACAGUUUACAGUAAAAAUGUUUCAAGUAUUUAUUACUUGAUUUUAUUUUCAAAUAAUUCUUAUUUUCAUUUGAGCAACAUCGUCUUGUAAAUAAUAUAGAUAAAAUUUUACUGGUACA